AUGUCGGGAACGGUAAUUCGCGUUGAACCGCUUAAUGCGGAAAACUACGAUACAUGGAAGCUCCAAAUGAAAGCUAUUCUCGUGAAAAACGAUUUAUGGUCAUAUGUCGAAGGUACUGCGUCGUGUCCAACGGGUGAAGGGGCUGCAAAAUGGAUCAGCUUUGAUCAGAAACCGUGUGCUGAUAUAAUGCUAUCAGUAAGUGCAUCAGAAUUAAGAUUAAUUGCAGAAUGCACAAACUCAAAGGAAAUGUGGAUGAAACUACAAGCUACAUAUUCAUCAAAAGGGCCUGCGCGCAAGGCGACGUUGCUGAAAAAGGUUGCACUUUCGCGCAUGAAAGAGGGUGAGAAGGUUCGAGAACAUCUAAACGAUUUCUUCGAAACCGUUGUGAAAUUAAAAGAAAUUGACGUCAGCAUCGGGGAUGAGCUUCCUGCUCUUAUACACUAUCAUGUUGAAGAUGCAUUUAUUAGCUCAAUAAAAGAAAAUUAUUGGUGCCUAGAUAGUGGAUGUACUGCCCAUUUAAGUGCAAACCGUGAAUAUUUUACAGACUUUCAAAAAUCGAAUAAAGUGCUUAACUUAGCAAACGAUAACACAACAAAUAUAAACGGCGUCGGUAAAAUGAAAAUAACUGUAGACGUAGACGGUCGUGAUAAUAAUAUUGAUCUUAAAGAAGUCCUAUAUGUCGAAGACUUGCGUACAAGUCUACUUUCUGUAUCAAAAAUAGUAGACAGCGGAUAUGAAGUGCAUUUUCGCCCUUCAGAUGCAAUCGUAUUGGACAAAUAUCAGAAGGUUAUAACUCGAGCGAAAAGAUGUGGAAAUCUUUUUAUUGUUGAAAAUAAAAAUCAUUUUGCACAAGUUGCUGAAGAAAAAUGUGACAUUGAAAAGUGGUACCAGAAAAUGGGCCACAUAAAUGAAAAUGAUCUUAAAAAAUUGGCUAGUUAUAACCUACAAUACAAAAGAGCAGUAGAAACAUUUACGGGUAAACGAAUUAAGGCUUUACAAUCAGACAAUGGUAGAGAAUACGUUAAUUCUGAAUUUAAUUUAUUCUUGAGGAAAUUUGGUAUACAAAGACGCUUAACUGCUCCAUAUACGCCGGAGCAAAAUGGUAUUGCUGAACGUAAAAACAGAACUCUAGUUGAAAUGGCCCGUUGCAUGAUGAAACAAGCUGAAGUUCGGCCAAACUUUUGGGCAGAGGCCUUAAAUACAGCGUGCUAUAUUCGGAAUAGGUGUCCUACAAAAGCAUUGAAUGAUGUAGUACCGCACAAGUUGUGGACUGGUAAAAUGCCAACUAUUGUACAUUUUCAAGUAUUUGGCUCUAAAGCAUAUGUCCUAAAAAAGGAUAAGACUAGAGAUAAAUUCGAUUCUAAGUCAGAACCUUACAUGUUUGUUGGAUAUUCAAACGAAGCGAAAGCCUAUCGGCUAUGGUCACCUACAAAACGAAAUAUAACAAUAAGUCGUGAUGUCGUGUUUAAACCGUCGGUCAAUCCGAAAAUUGUAGAAAAUACAGAUACGCGAGCAGAAAACUCCAUUCGUAGAAGAGGUCGUCCGAGAUUUAUUCGCACAAAUUCACGCGAAUCAUCCAACGAAGACGACAAUACAAGUUCAGUAAGAAAAAUUACUGAUGAAAACCAUUCAGAUGAUGAACCUGACAACAACGUUUUUGAAGAUUGUGAAAUGGUGUUUCUCAUUACAUAUCAAACUCCAGUAACGAUUUUAGAGGCACUUGAAAGCGAUGAAACAAAUUCCUGGUCAAAGGCGCUAGAAGACGAAAUGGUGGCACAACUAAAGUGUAAGAUGUUAAGGUUGUAA